CAAGCAGUUUACAGUUUUUCUUGCGGCCUUAGGAAGGAUGAGAGGCCAGGCUGCCUUGCUCGGAGCCCUCCUUGAUGCCCAAAACCAGGUGUGGGAAGCGCGCGCUGUAGCCGGCUGACCUCCCCAGAGCUUGCAGGCAUGGCCAUGGUGCACACGCCACGGACUCCGAGCACUGAGCCGCGCCGGGACUUCCCGGGCUCCCGCGCCCGUUCGGUGCAGGGACGUCGGCCCAGGGCGUUGGGCCCGAUGGGCGAGGACCCAGAAGCUCAAAGCCGCACCAUCAGCCGCAUGGGCGCUCGAGAGGAGCAGACGAAGUCCCCGGCACUGCCGGCAGAACUCAGAGCCCGUCAGUUGAGGGCCAAGGCGCGGGCGCGCACGGCCAUGGAUUGCCAAGAGCAGCAGACCCGCCGAUCGGAGGUGAUCGAGACCAGCCGUCGGCAGCAGGAAGUGCAGCAGCACCGGUACUACCAGGAGAAGCUGGAGCGCUCCGCACGGGAAGGCGAUCGACGAGUUGCCGACGAGGAGUUGGUGGAUGAGGUGGUGUCCGCCAAGGCCCCGCGCGUGGGCACCACGGAGACGGCGGCUCCGGUUCGGGCGGUUCCGCGCGCGGGGCACGUGGACGCGGGGCACGUGGCCGCGGAGUACGAGGAGCGGCUGCAGCGGGAGCUGCAGCGGCAGCAGGAGCUGGAGCUCUGGCUUCGUGAGGAGGAAGAUCCCCACAACUGGCUGCAGCAGCAGCGGGCGCAGCGGCAGCGCGAGGAGGACGAGCUGGCGGGCCGUCGGCGGCAAGAGCAAAAUGCCCGGCAAGUGAUGGUGGACGAGACCUGGAAGCAAAGGCAACGGUAUGUGGACGACCUACGCGAUUCGGAGCUCGCGGCCAAGACGCGCCGCGACGUGGCGCGGGAGGUGCUGCGCCUGCGGGGGCAGGUGACGCCGGCGCUGUCCGAGGUCUCCACGUCCGAGCCUGCCUGGAGGGCCGCGCCGUCCCCGCGGAUGGACGUGCCGACGCCGGUGCUCCUGC